GCACCACCUGGGCAUUGAACACAUUUUUGUUUAUUUUUUUCAAUCAUAAUUUUAAAAAUCCAGGAUGAGUUUAGCCAGCAUUAAACAAAAGGAAGCCAAAGGCAAGAAGAAGAUGCUACCAAGGUUGCGUACCAUUUUGGCAAAUCCGUACAAAAAUCACAGCCCGCUUUUAACCGAAGAUGAAGUGCUGCAGUUUUCUAGUAUAAUUAAAAAGGCUAUAAAAAACUGCAAAGAUGGUACUAAGACAUUUCCUAGUCGCUAUGGAAUUCAUCUGGGUCUGGAGAGUUCUUUACGUGCAAUAAACUCGAAGCGGUUCUCACUUUUGAUUGUUUCCUUAAGCCUGCGACCAGCCCAUCUCAUCCGGUUAAUUACCACCAGUGCAUCCGUCAAGGUCCCCACCGCUCCCAUCUACGCCCAACCCAAGCUGGAGGAUCUAACCGAGGAUAUUUUUGGUAUAAGGGCUACAGCUUUAACCUUACCAUUGGAUUUAAAAACCAUUAGCGAGGAUUUAGAUCAGUGGGUUACCGCCAGGAAAUUAGAUCCUCCCAUUUCCAUAAAAAAAACGUCUAAGGCACAGAAAUGUACAAAAAAAAUGAAGACACUGGAACAAAAGGAUAAGGAAAGUAUUGAAGCCGAGAAAAAGAGCCAGAAAAAAGAGCCAGUUGUACCAAAGCCUGUGGAACAAGAAUGGGAUGGCGAUUUUAUCUCGUUUUCUGAUGACAAAGCGACAAUAAAGCUGGACAGGAUAGAUAUUCAGGUGGAGACCAAACAACUGGGUGCUGCUCUUAGCAAUUUGGCCAUGAAAGCCAGAAGUCAAGCCAAAAAUGAAGCAAAAGUCGAAAAACCUAUGAAAAAAGAAGAAUCCCCCGACAUAGAACCCAUGGAAAUACACGAGGAUGAGGAUGAGAUUGAAGAGGAUGAGUUUCUGCCAAGUAACCUAAGCACCUAUCAGCCACUUACUGUACAACAGAUUCGUCCAAAUCCCAACAAGAAACCUAAAAAGAAACGCAACAAAAAGCAAAAGAAGGAACUUUGCAAACAAAACUAAACU